UUCCAGUUUUCUCACGCAUGUUUGGCGGCACACGUGAUUUUUUAUGGCACCGUUUGUUUUGAGGAACUUUCACGUCUCAAAAAUAAUAUUUAAUUACACAAAAAAUUUAAUUAAUUUAUCCUAUUCUUACAACAGUCAUACAGUUAAGUUCUAUUCUGAGAUGAGGGGUCUUGUUCUUGGAGUAUAUACUGAAAAAUCAAAAAGUGGAAAUGAUGUGUCUGAUUAUACAAAAUCUUUCAAAGAUGUAGACGAAAAAACUAAUAGUUCCCUGUCUAAGACAUUAAAACAAACUGGUCCAUUUUGCAAGUCUGUAAAACAAAAAAUAUUAUGGAUGCCAGUUGAAUCAAAAGUUAAAUUUGAUUGUAUUUCUGUUGUUGAUUUGGGGACAAAAGAAGUGAAAGAAAAUCCUCUUGAAGGUAUAGAUGAAAAAUUAGAAAGAGUUCGAAGCUCAAUAGCAGAUGGUGUGAAAGCUCUGAGAAGUUGUUCUGAUUUUGAAGAAAUAUAUUUAGAUUCCUGUGAUAGUCCUCAGUGUGCUGCAGAAGGAGCAAACUUAGCUGUUUUUAGUUAUGAUGCUUUGAAAGAUCAGUCAUCUCUUAGACCUAAAAGUCAAUUUCAUUUGUAUGAAUAUGAUGGGAUUCCUAAGGAAUACAUUUCUGAUUUUGAGAAGGGGUCACAUCUAGCCGAAUGUCAGAACUUUGCUCGUAUUUUAAUGGAUACACCAGCGAAUUACAUGACACCUUCAAUUUUUGUCAAGACUGUAACUGAAAAAUGUAAAGAUUCAAAUAUUAAGCUGAUUGCCAGGGAUAAAGCAUGGAUUGAAUCAAAGAAAAUGGGAUCAUUUCUUAGUGUAGCAAGAGGUUCAGAAGAAGAGCCAAAAUUUUUGGAACUUCAUUAUGAUGGAGCACCUGAUACGAAAAAAUGCAUUGCUCUUGUUGGCAAGGGUAUCACAUUUGACAGUGGUGGUAUUUCUUUGAAACCCAGUCCAGAUAUGGAUAAAAUGCGUGCUGAUAUGGGAGGAGCGGCAUGUGUUACUGGCACUAUUUUGGCUGCUAGUAAGCUGAAAUUAAAAGUCAAUGUUAAAGGUUUCAUUCCUCUAACUGAAAAUAUGCCUAGUGGUAAAGCUACUAAACCCGGUGAUGUGGUAUUUGCAAUGAAUGGUAAAAGCAUUCAGGUCGACAAUACCGAUGCAGAGGGAAGAUUAGUAUUGGCAGAUGGUCUCUGUUAUGCUCAACAGUUUGAUCCUAUUGUUACAUUAGACAUUGCUACUUUGACAGGUGCAAUGAUGAUAGCUUUAGGUUCCGCUGCAACUGGUGUAUUUUCAAAUGAUGAUGAGUAUUGGAAUGUUUUGAAUAAGGCAGGAUCUGUAACUGGAGACAGGGUAUGGAGAAUGCCUUUAUAUGACUACUAUAAAAAAGCAGUUAAAGCUUCACAUUUAGCUGAUAUUAACAAUAUUGGAAAGAAGGGCAGGGAAGGUGGUUCUUGUAUCGCUGCAUCUUUUCUUAAUGAAUUUAUUGAACCUGGUAAUAAAUGGAUGCACUUAGAUAUUGCUGGUGUAAUGGAAUGCAAAGAUGAAACCUCAUACAGUUGCAAAGGAAUGUCUGGACGACCAACUCGAACACUGGUCCAAUUUCUUAAAGAAUUAGAAGGCAGCUUUAUAGAAAAGAAAUGAAUAUUUUUUCUGGAAAAUUAAAUCAAUAAAGAGAAUCAAAGAAAUUAUGCAUAUAAACUUUUUUAGAAAUGAACAAAUACAUUAAUUUUUAAUAUUAUUCACAAUCAAUAUUUUAAUUUACACUAUUUUACUACACUUAUUUAUCUAUGUUGCUUUAUUUUGGUUUAUAACACAUUGGUUAUAUGAAUUGUCUUAAUUAUUGGUUAUUCAUUUGUUGUUUCAGUUUUAUUUAUUUACAAAGUUUUGGUUAUAAUGAAAUUUAUGAAAUAUUGUUUUGAAAUAAAAAUACAUUAAUAGUGUAAGACACUUUUGUUUUGUUUAAAAGAAAAAUGAUUUUGUU